AUGGUAUGGCCAUUCGGAGCCUCCGACUCCAGCAACCGGGCACAUGAAGACGACCAGCCCAAGCAGCAGAAGCGGCCCAUCUCCUGGGCAGACUCCCUCAGCAGCAAUCCCGAAGAUGUAGGCCCGCUGGCAGCCGCCAAGGCGUGGGCGCCCAUGGUCGGAUUCUCGCUGGUCGGCCUCGCGGCGCUGCAGCUGUACGCAAACUACCUGCGCCGGAUCCCGGGCGCCGCCUACGUGAGGCCCAACUUCUUUCGCAACCGGAGCCUGUUUGGCAAGGUGACGAGCGUGGGCGACGGCGACAACUUUCACCUGUUCCACACGCCGGGAGGGAGGGCCGUGGGCUGGGGAUGGCUGAGGAAGGUCCCUGAGACGAGAAAGGAGCUCAAGGGACGAACUAUACCCAUUCGCAUCGCCGCCAUCGAUGCGCCCGAGGGAGCGCACUUUGGCAAGCCAGCGCAGCCCUACGCGGCCGAAGCCCUGCAGUGGCUCCGGAACUACAUCCUGCACCGCAACGUGCGCGCCUACAUCUACAAGACGGACCAGUACGAGCGCAUCGUGGCGACGGUAUACGUGCGGCGGUUCCUGCUGCGCAAGAACGUCGGCCUGGAGAUGAUCAAGGCCGGGCUGGCGACGGUGUACGAGGCCAAGAGCGGCGGCGAGUACGGCGGGCUGGAGGAGCGGUACAAGGCGGCCGAGGCCAAGGCCAGGAGGAAGCGCAGGGGCAUGUGGGCGGGCGAUCCCAAGGCCUUUGAGAGCCCGAGGGAGUAUAAGACACGGUGGGCGGCGACGCAGCAGGACAAGACGCAGUGA